AUGAAUUUGGGUACUUUGGAGACAGAGGAUAAAAGUGUAAGAGUAGUUGUACUUAUUGUAGACAGGAAUGAAAAUUAGGCCGAUUACUCAAGACCAAUAGAGAAACAGUUUGCAAUAGAAGAGAUAGAAGAUGAUUCCUUAGGCAAUUUUAUAUGACAGGGAAUCUUUGUAUGAAGAAGUUAUAAAUGCAAAAUAAAUCAAUAACAAUCUGUAAAGAGAGAACCAAGCUCUACACACUAAAAUCAAAAUGAUGGACGUAAAAUUGAUUAAGACUUCUAGGAAGAAUUGCAAAGAAUGGUUAGAGCUACUCCCAUAAGUGAGCAAGUCAUUAACCCAAUGGAAUCGUUUUAUUAGGAUAGCAAGCCCACGAAGUAGCAUCUAAUAAUGGAUCUGAAGAAGUAACUGAGGAGAUUGCAAGAGGAGUCAAUCAAAAAGGAUCAAUAAAUACAAUUUCUACAGAAGAGCACUAAAGCCAUGAAAAUAAAGGAACUAGAAAUCGAACUGUUGUCGUAUCAGUAGGAAGCGCAAAGAUUGAAAGCCUUGAUUGGAAUGAAAUUCAAUGAUUCUGACGAUGAUCUCCUUAGAUUGAGGGCUGAUUACAAGUUAUUGGAGGAUGAAUUGAAAUAAUUAAAGGUCAAAUGCAAAGAAUUUGAGUCGAAAGCUACCAUGUAUUAUAAUGAAAAACUUAAAAAGGAUAAGUUGAAUCAAUAUUUAAAGAAUCAAAUUGAAAAUUUAAAAUUUAAAGAUCCAGAAUAUAAGAAACAAAACAAAAUUACUGAAAAUGAAUAGCAAUUGAAAUCUGACAUUGAGUACUAAUCAUAACUAUAUUGCUAGUUAGAAGUAAGUUUAAAUAGACACAUUGAUAAGUAGUUUGAAAGCCAAAGAUGCUCAAUAUGCAGAGCUGGAUAAGAGAAUGAAAGAGUUGGAGAGAGAACAAUAAUAAAUCAUAGAUUAAUUAGAGAGAGAAAGAUAAUAAUUGCGUGAGUAAUGCAAUUCCCUAAAGGAAGAAGUUUCAAUGUAAUCAGGAAGAAGGUAUAAAUGAAUUUGAUAUCUACUAGGAGGACUGUUUAAAAUAACAGUUUUUUGGAAAAUAAACUUGAAAUUCUUCCUGAAGGUCCAGAAAUAAUUGAUUAAAAGAAGAAACUAUUGCCUUGUGUAACAAAGGAUGAUGUUAAUUUGAUAUGCAAAUAGAUCAAGUUCAAAUUAAAGGCUAUGAAAGUUCCCUUUGAGAAGAUAGAUAAUGUAUUGCUAUUAUGUUGAGUUGAUUAGUUUAUUCAUGGGGAUGUUCACUCUGUAAUUAGAAUAGAGGAAUUGAACGAGAUGUUAUAAGAUGAGCCAUUUUUGUUGAAUGAAGUGGAUAGUCUUAAGGUUGCUAGGUACUUAAUUGAGGACAAUGACGAUCGAUUUGUUGAGUUUAGUUUAUUGACUGAAGGUCUAAUAGCAAGGGCCAAGAGUAUUCUGAAAAAUUUAAUUGGCAAAUACACUCUUUUGGAAGUAAAUUAAUUGAUGAGUUGAAUUUUAGAAAAAUGAAGAAGAUCAACUAUUUUUGGAGAUCGCAAUAGUGCUAUCAAAGUAUAGAAAUUCUUUGGAGGAUUUCAUUUUGAGAUCAAAAAAGAAAUAAGAGUUGUGUACAAUUGAAGAUCUUGAGGAGGCUCUUAAAUUUGUUGAAUAAACAUUUAAUUCUACUUAAUAUGAGUUUUUGUUAUUGAAGAAUUACGAACUUACACAGGAAUUAAUUAACAUCAAUUACAAAAAGAUAUUUGAGUUAUUUUACGUUGGUACAUCGCUUAUCAUAUUUUAUAAUAGAUCCAUCCAUUCAAUAAAAAACCAAAAGUGAAAGCGAUUUGCCCAAAGAAUAAGGAAAGAAGUAAUCAAAUGGGGAUGUGUUGUAGAAUAAAGAUGCCUAAUAGGAACUGAUCUAAUAAUAAUAGAGAAAAUAAAAGGAGGAAGAAGAAUAGAGAAGAUUAUGGUAAUUGUAGUAGGAGCAGGAGAGGUAGAGACAAUAAGAAUUGGAGAAGGAGGAGGAAGAACAAAGAAGGUUGGAAUAAUAGUGGAAGGAGGAGGAAGAGGAGAGAAAGAGGCAAGAGGAGGAGCAGAGGAUCAAGUAGGAGAACGAGGCUAAGAGGUAAAAGUAAUUAGAGGAGAUGAAGAAGCAAGAGGAAUAGGAGAAUCACAGAAGACAGUAAGAGUAGCAAAGACAGUAAGAAUUAUUGAGGAAAUAGAAGGAGGAAGAGGAGAGAUAAAGAAAAUUGAAGGAAGAGGAGGAGGAGAGAAGAUUGUAAGAGGAGUAGUUGGAGAAAUAGAAAUUGGAGGAGGAGUAAAAUAGAUUAGAGCAGGAAUAUGAAUAGCAGGCAGAGUAUGAAUAGAAUGAAUAGGAGGAUAAUGCUGAGGAAUAUAAUGAUCAAUAGUUUGAGUAAUAGCAAUCUGAACAAUAAAACAGUGUGCCUUAGAAUAAGAGUCAGAAAGAUUAUGAGGAUGAGGAUUUUGAAUAAUGA